AUAACUCGUGUCAUGGAGUCCAUGAAGAUAACAAAUGUGGAGCAGAAGAUGAAGCUAAAGAAUCAACUUCAGACCCUGAGGAAGGAACGUCAACUAUAGCGGGUAAGAAGAGUAAAAAAUGUUUUUUCAUCACUCAAGUUGCUCCACAACAGCCAAUUAAUAAACAUGGGCUGGACUCUGAUCACGCAUUGGACAAAGAUAACAAACGUAGUAAGGAGUCUACCACUCAAAGAGAUCCUGAAGACAACAACUCACCAAGGAAUUCGAAGGCAGGAACGUCAGCUGUAGCGGGUAAGAAGAGUAAAAAACGUUUUUUCAUCGCUCAAGUUGCUCCACAACAGCCAAUUAUGAACUCUGAUCACGGAUUGGACAAAGAUAACAAACGUAGUAAGGAGUCUACCUCCCAAAGAGAUCCUGAAGACAACAACUCACCAAGGAAUUCGAAGGAAGGAAUGUCAACCUUAGCGAGUAAGAAGGGCUUAAAAGAUAUCGCCAUCACUCAAGUUGCUCCACAACAGCCAAUUAAUGAAUAUGCGUUCAACUAUGAUCGUGGAUUGGACAAUGGUAACAUGGGUAGUAAGGAGUCUACCUCCCAAAGAGAUCCUGAAGACAACAACUCACCAAGGAAUUCGAAGGAAGGAAUGUCAACCUUAGCGAGUAAGAAGGGCUUAAAAGAUAUCGCCAUCACUCAAGUUGCUCCACAACAGCCAAUUAAUGAAUAUGCGUUCAACUAUGAUCGUGGAUUGGACAAUGGUAACAUGGGUAGUAAGGAGUCUACCUCCCAAAGAGAUCCUGAAGACAACAACUCACCAAGGAAUUCGAAGGAAGGAAUGUCAACCUUAGCGAGUAAGAAGGGCUUAAAAGAUAUCGCCAUCACUCAAGUUGCUCCACAACAGCCAAUUAAUGAAUAUGCGUUCAACUAUGAUCGUGGAUUGGACAAUGGUAACAUGGGUAGUAAGGAGUCUACCUCCCAAAGAGAUCCUGAAGACAACAACUCACCAAGGAAUUCGAAGGCAGGAACGUCAGCUGUAGCGGGUAAGAAGAGUAAAAAACGUUUUUUCAUCGCUCAAGUUGCUCCACAACAGCCAAUUAUGAACUCUGAUCACGGAUUGGACAAAGAUAACAAACGUAGUAAGGAGUCUACCUCCCAAAGAGAUCCUGAAGACAACAACUCACCAAGGAAUUCGAAGGAAGGAAUGUCAACCUUAGCGAGUAAGAAGGGCUUAAAAGAUAUCGCCAUCACUCAAGUUGCUCCACAACAGCCAAUUAAUGAAUAUGCGUUCAACUAUGAUCGUGGAUUGGACAAUGGUAACAUGGGUAGUAAGGAGUCUACCUCCCAAAGAGAUCCUGAAGACAACAACUCACCAAGGAAUUCGAAGGCAGGAACGUCAGCUGUAGCGGGUAAGAAGAGUAAAAAACGUUUUUUCAUCGCUCAAGUUGCUCCACAACAGCCAAUUAUGAACUCUGAUCACGGAUUGGACAAAGAUAACAAACGUAGUAAGGAGUCUACCUCCCAAAGAGAUCCUGAAGACAACAACUCACCAAGGAAUUCGAAGGAAGGAAUGUCAACCUUAGCGAGUAAGAAGGGCUUAAAAGAUAUCGCCAUCACUCAAGUUGCUCCACAACAGCCAAUUAAUGAAUAUGCGUUCAACUAUGAUCGUGGAUUGGACAAUGGUAAGGAGUCUACCUCCCAAAGAGAUCCUGAAGACAACAACUCACCAAGGAAUUCGAAGGAGGAAUCCUCUGCAGAACCUCUAAAGAGGGAAGAAGUUGCAGUGCCUAUCUCCGGAAUAAGUGAUGAAGCUGUAGAAUCACCGUGGGAUUCUGAGGAAGAAACAUCAAGUGGAAAGGGUGAAGGUCGUGCUGCCACUGGAGGUGUCCCAGAAGGAGAUAUUCUGGAUUAUUUCCUGUCAUGUAGUUGGGCAAGGAUAGCCAAAGAGAGAAAAGCGUCAAUGGCAUCAAGUGGAGAUACUGAAAAGGAUGUGGCUGUCAGUCUAAGUGCCCAAGAGCAUGCAAAGGACACAUUAUCUGGUAUUGCUGGAGUGCCAGAAGACAAAACUAUUGAUAUGCCUGGCUUCAGACCAGAUGAUGAGCCUUUAAAAUACUCCUUAAAGUCUGAGGCAGGAACGUCAGCUGUAGCGGGUAAGAAGAGUAAAAAAUGUUUUUUCAUCACUCAAGUUGAUCCACACCAGCUAAUUAUGAACUCUGAUCACGGAUUGGACAGAGAUAACAAACGUAGUAAGGAGUCUACCUCCCAAAGUGAUCCUGAAGACAACAACUCACCAAGGAAUUCGAAGGCAGGAACGUCAGCUCUAGCGGGUAAGAAGAGUAAAAAAUGUUUUUUCAUCACUCAAGUUGAUCCACACCAGCUAAUUAUGAACUCUGAUCACGGAUUGGACAAAGAUAACAAACGUAGUAAGGAGUCUACCUUCCAAAGUGAUCCUGAAGACAGCAACUCACCAAGGAAUUCGAAGACUAUUUCUACAAAUUCUUGGAAGGAAUCCAUUAAUCAAUCAAUGGCAGCAGAUGCAAAAGGAAAAGAUAUGAAUGAACCACUGGAAGAGUUUGCUAAGGGAUCCACUGAAUUGACGCCUCGUCUGGAAGCAAUACAUCCCUUUUUGGCAACAUCAGUGGGAAUGAAUGAAGUACAAACAUGCAGACAAGUUACAGGCAGAAUCAAGUUAAAACCAAUACCAAAACAUCUCAAGAGGCAUUUCCUUCCUCACUGCAAUACUAAUCAAUAUAAAAGCACAGAACUUGAGUUAAAAAAUGUCAAGUCUUCUCCAACAAAUAAUGACAUUAAAACAGCACCCAAGGAAGAACAAGAAUGGCUUGAUGGAAGUGAAAAUAAGCAGGUAUGUAAAAACGUAAACUUCUGAUUUCAUAUUUUUGUGUGUAUCAUAGCAUAUACC